AUGGAGUUCGCGAAGGAUCGUCACGUGACGGGGUGGGCGGGGACUUUCGGGGAGGCGUGGUUUGCAAGGGAAAUGGGCGUGGCCUGGAGGGACGCGCAGUCACGUGUUUGCAGGUCACGUGUCCCCCAGCGCUUCCGGGGCGCGAUGGGGCCGCUGGCGCCUGGCCCCCAGCGCUGCCUGGGCCGGGCCUGGGCCGGUGCCCGGCGCUCCCUGCACGGAUCGGGCCCUGCCCGCGCCCCCGCCCUCAUCCCCAUCGUGGUGGAGCAGACGGGCCGGGGCGAGCGCGCCUACGACAUUUACUCGCGGCUGCUGCGCGAGCGAAUCGUCUGCGUCAUGGGCCCGAUCGACGACAGCCUGGCCAGCCUGGUGAUCGCCCAGCUGCUGUUCCUGCAGUCCGAGAGCAACAAGAAACCCAUCCACAUGUACAUCAACACCCCAGGGGGCUCGGUGACGUCGGGGCUGGCCAUCUACGACACGAUGCAGUACGUGCUGACCCCGGUGUGCACGUGGUGCGUGGGGCAGGCGGCCAGCAUGGGGUCCCUGCUCCUGGCGGCCGGCGCGCCCGGGCUGCGCCACGCGCUGCCCAACGCCCGCAUCAUGGUGCACCAGCCCUCGGGGGGGGCCAGGGGCCAGGCCACCGACAUCGCCAUCCAGGCCGAGGAGAUUCUGCAGCUCAAGAGACAAAUCAACGGGCUCUACGCCAAGCACACGGGGCAGCCCCUGCACGUCAUCGAGGCGGCCAUGGAGCGGGACCGGUACCUGAGCCCGGUGGAGGCGCAGGAAUUUGGGCUCCUGGACCAGGUGCUGGUGCACCCCCGCCGGGAGGACGAGCCCUGCCUCGUGCAGAAGGAGCCCUCACGACCCCAGGGCCCUCGGCCCCUGAGAGCUCCCCGGGACCCCCCAACGAAAUAA